AUGGGCCAAACUACCUCCAAGAUCGACGCAAAAGAGGUUGUGGCUGGCAUGGCCCGCCUCAGCGUCGACAAGAAUGCAUAUGUCUUUGUGGACAACGAUAUCUUGCCCCCUCCAUACGAGGUCAGCGAUAGGGUCAGCACCAUCUCUCUAGACCAAACAAGACGGUGGGAGGAGAAGCUUUUGUCUUCAGCAAGAAACCGCCUCGCCAUUUCCGCGCUGUCACAGAACCCUGUAUCAGCCAUCCUCACCAACAACAAUGCAGCCGUUACCGAUAGCCAGAUUUUCAACAUCAAGAUUCCCUUUGAAGGCGCCCCAAUCACCAACCAACGAUCGUCCGGCCGAUGCUGGCUAUUUGCUUCUACCAAUGUCUUCCGUGUUGCCAUCAUGAAGAAGUACAACCUCAAAGAAUUUGAACUCAGUCAGUCGUAUCUCUUCUACUGGGAUAAAAUCGAGAAAUCCAACUGGUUCCUGGAGAACGCUAUUCAAACGGCUGGAGACGACCUCGAGGGUCGCCUGGUGCAGGCCCUCUUUGCAGAUCCAGUUGGGGAUGGUGGUCAGUGGGACUUUGUGGUCAACCUAGUCAAUAAGUACGGAUUGGUACCGCAGACACUUUACCCUGACUCGUACAAUGCCAAGAACAGCAGCAAGAUGGGUUCUCUUAUCACGACUAAACUGCGCGAGCAAGCAUUAGUUCUGCGAAAGCUAGUUGCUACUGGAAAGACAGACUUGAUUGCCGCUCACAAAGAGUACUUCCUACAAGAGAUUCACAGCAUUUUGACGAUCAUGUUGGGACCACCCCCAAGUCCUGACAAUGAAUUUACCUGGACAUUCUAUGAUGCCGACAAUAAAUACACCAAAGUUAUAACGAAGCCUACACAGUUCGCAUCAGCACUGUCAGACAAACAGACUCUCCGGGCCUGUGGUGGAGCCGAUGUCAAUGAGCUCUUCAGUCUGGUUAAUGAUCCCAGAAACGAAUACAACCGCCUUUUGACUGUCGAUAGACUGGGUAAUGUGGUCGGAGGCGUACCGGUUCGAUAUGUGAAUGUCGAAAUGGAGACAAUGAAAUCGGCUGCCAUCUCCAUGCUGAAAGCGGGCAUACCAGUUUUCUUCGGCAGCGAUGUGGGCAAGUUUUCUGACUCUGCGUCUGGAAUCAUGGACACAGAGCUAUUCGACUUUGACCUAGGCUUCAACAUCAAAUUGGGCCUGACGAAAGAACAACGUCUAAAGACCGGGGAAUCUGCAAUGACUCAUGCCAUGGUUCUAACGGCUGUCCAUGUAGAAAAUGGCAAGCCUGUGCGAUGGAGAGUACAGAACUCAUGGGGCGAGGGUGCCGGAGAUAAGGGCUGGUUCGUCAUGACGGACAAGUGGAUGGACGAAUUCGUCUAUCAGGCCGUUGUCGAUCCACGAUUCGUGAGCAAAGAGACGCGUAAUGUGUUGAAGCAAGAUCCUAUUGUCCUUCCUUUGUGGGACCCAAUGGGUGCUCUGGCUUAG